AGUACUUUUCCUCUUUCUUUUUGUAAGAAAAGGUUAUUUCCAUUUUCAGAGGGAAACAGGCAGGUCUGUAUAGGUUCGUAUGACAUGCUCAUCGUGCUAAUGCUGAUAAUGUGGAAAUAUCUUAUUUCAAUAUUUGCUCUGCUUUACACUGGCAGUGCUCACGUCAUUAUCACAUCUGUUAGUAGCGCUUACUACAAUGCAUCUUCUCCAUGUUUAUCUGCUCUUAUCCACUUCAAUACAACAAAUUCAAAAGGAAGCACUCUUCAGUUAUUUAUCCUCAGCCCAAUAACAUUUGAAACAGAUGAUUGCGUCAGUUAUGGAAACACUGGUGUUUGCUAUGUUCCUACAAAAUACGCGUUGGUGGAUAAAUACACGCAUAUAACUCGUGUAGUUGAAAGGUUGCAGAAUGGAGCAAUAAUGGUAUCACCAAAUUUUCCCAUGUUAAUAAAAUAUGUUGAUUUGUUUGGUCCAUUUUUUAACAUAUCCAUAGUAGCAAGAUCAGAAGGAACAGAAAUACAGUGGAAUUUUCGUAUGAAGAGUUCUUGUGUAGGGCUUGGUUUCAGUGUUCGAUAUCUUCGUUACGAAAUGUGUUAUGCUGAAUCCCAUAUGGAGUCUUACAGAUGCGAGCCAGUGAAAAAAAUUUAUGUUGAUAUGUACAGCAAGUUAUUGAUGAGCAACCCAAUAAUGAACUGCAUUGAGAAGAAUGUUGGUUAUACCACAUGUUCCAUGGUAUUGUAUAAAAAGAUACGACCAAAUGUUUUAUACAAAUUUCGGAUGCAGUAUUCAACGUCUUACGCCCAAGUGUAUUCACAAUGGUCUCAGUACGGUUACUACCCAAGAAAGAACUGAAAAUUACGUUGGUAUUACAACUUUAUCAGAUCGAGGUACAAGCUACAUCUUUUUGACAAUUUGGAGAAGCUAUAUGGACGGAUAUGAAUUUACAGAAGAAUUGUUAACACACAUAGAACACUUGUUUAGUAUAUUUAUACGAAUGCUAGAAAGUUCAAAACUGCUAGCCCCUUUUUUAAAAAUAUCGCCACUGAAAUGAUGAAGAAAUGCUGCCUGCCUCAACUUUUGUUAUAUGUAAUGUGAAUAUUAUUAGUCAGUAGCUCAUAUAUAUUUCCGCAUCGAUUUUUUUGUGCAUUUUCGUAUACUUGAUAGCAUGAAGUGAUUACACAUGUGCAAUUAUGAUGGUUGUUUUGUUUUUUAAAUUGCUCAUAAAAUGAGAGCGAUUAUUAGCUGUGAAACAUACGACUUCUAGUUACGAUUGAAAGCUAGCACAAAAUCCUGAUUUUCUGGGAUUUAACUGAAGAUGUGCGUGUUUCAGACGCGGUUAGUAAAAUUUACGUUUUCUCAAUGAAAAUGUUGUAUAGUCCAGGUUUGGAAAAAAUUUCUUUUUGAUCUUUUUGUCUUGUAAAUACUUUGUAUGUUUUCUGUACUUCUAUAUGCGAAUGUAUACCAUCAUAUCCA